AAAAAAAAACUGUUGUUUUGCUAAACAAAGCAUUGGAACAACGAUGAGAACAGCAGCUAUGGAUUGCUGUUCCCUAACCUAACCUUUUUUGCUACUCACUGGGUUGGGUUCCAAUCUCCUUCUCGGCCCUCUUCUUUAUCCUUCUUCUCUCUCUUUCGUCGCCUCUCUCUCUCUGUUCAUUUCUUGUAAUAACAGGCGCACCUGGUCUUUGUUUGACACCCUAAAUCCACAUCCAUGUCUUCUAUACAUAUGCUGCUUUUGCUGGAGAUUGGUGUGGGUCAAUAGAUCAUGCCCAGAUCUUGUUCUAUCUUGAUCCACUUGCUUAUCUUCUCGACCUUAAUAAAGUGAAGGAGAAUAGAGGCGGAGGAGAGAGACGAAUAUAGCGAGGAGGUUUUCCCCCACUUGAUUGCACCAUUUCCUGUAAGGCUAUACGUUACUGGUAUUGUUGAUUGAUCCAUGUAAAAGAAUCUGCAUCUGCUUUAGCAACUAGAGAAUUAGUGAGUGUUUUGAAGUGAACAAGGAAAAUCUUUUGUUUUUCCAUUGAAGUCAUGAUUAAACAAAUACUUAAUAGGCUUCCUCGAAAACCUUCCAAGUCAACCGAGCAUCGUGAAGGAGCAGGGACAACCGUCUCUUCUUCGCAUGCCUCUACAAGUUCAAGGAGCAAUGAUGUAGUAGCUAACCACCAUGCCAACACUGGAACUGGAUCUUUUUCUGGCCCCAAUUCUGCUUUGAAUGCUGGACUAAAUCAUGGGAGUAAGUCAUCUCAAGGGCUCAAUGCAAAAUCAAAUGGUAACUCACAAGCUUCUUAUGAGGCACUGCCGGGUUUCAAGGAUGUUCCAAAUUCUGAAAAGCAAAGUUUGUUCAUUAAAAAGCUGAACAUGUGUUGUGUGGUGUUCGACUUCACCGACCCAUCAAAAAACCUCAAAGAAAAGGAUAUCAAACGACAAACACUGAUAGAGCUUGUUGAUUAUGUGGCGUCUGCAAAUGGAAAGCUAUCAGAAAAUGUUAUACAAGAAAUUGUAAAGAUGGUGUCCUCAAAUUUAUUUAGAACACCUACCAUUCCAUCACGAGAUAGCAAAGGUUUAGAAGCCUUUGAUCUUGAAGAAGAGGAGCCCUCAAUGGACCCUGCAUGGCCACACUUACAAGUUGUCUAUGAGUUUCUGCUCAGGUUUGUGGCAUCGCCUGAAACAGAUGCAAAGUUGGCAAAGAGGUACAUCGAUCAUUCUUUUGUUCUCAGGAUGUUGGAUCUUUUUGAUUCUGAGGAUCCUAGAGAGAGGGAUUACUUGAAAACAGUUCUGCACCGCAUAUAUGGGAAAUUUAUGGUACAUAGACCAUUCAUCAGGAAAUCAAUCAAUAACAUUUUCUAUCGGUUCAUUUUUGAAACUGAGAAGCAUAAUGGGAUUGCAGAGCUUUUAGAGAUUUUGGGAAGUAUAAUCAAUGGAUUUGCUCUUCCUCUAAAAGAAGAGCAUAAACUCUUUCUGGUUCGAGCACUUAUCCCUCUUCACAAACCUAAAUGCAUACCCAUGUAUCACCAGCAGUUAUCUUACUGUAUAACACAAUUUGUGGAGAAAGAUUGCAAGCUAGCUGAUACUAUCAUAAGGGGCUUACUGAAAUAUUGGCCAAUUACAAAUAGUUCGAAGGAGGUGAUGUUCUUAGGUGAACUUGAAGAAGUGUUAGAAGCAACUCAGCCCGCUGAGUUCCAGCGUUGCAUGGUACCCUUGUUUCGCCAGAUUGGACGUUGCUUGAGCAGUUCACAUUUUCAGGUGGCUGAAAGGACUCUGUUUUUAUGGAACAAUAGUCACAUCGAGAACCUAAUCAAACAGAACCUCAAAGUGAUUUUGCCGAUUAUAUUUCCUGCACUGGAGAGAAAUUCAAGAAACCAUUGGAACCAGGCCGUACAAAACUUGACACAAAACGUCCGAAAGAUCUUCUUGGAUGCUGACCCUGAGCUGUUUGAGGAAUGUUUGCUCAAAUUUCAAGAAGAAGAGACACACGAGAAGGAUACGAAAUCUAAGCGCGAGGCUAAGUGGAAACGCUUAGAGGAGAUAGCUGCUGUGAAAUCUGCAAGUAAUGAAGCAGUUCUCGUCUCUCCCAAAGUAGCCUUACGAGCACCAUCUGGCUAGCUAGCUAACAACAGAACUUCAAAUGGGGGUGUUCAGCAGAUUUGGUUUUCCAAUUGGUAUGUGGGCAUAAAAGUUUAUCUAAUCACUCACCUCACCAUGUGAUGAAAGCAGCAGCCGCAGUUAAAUUGGUCGUCCCAUUAUGAACAAAUUGGAUUGAGGUGCAGUGAGAGAAAGUUGAUAUUGGUGCUCUAGCUGAGAUUUCUAUUUUGCAUACAUUUUCUGUGUAUAUGUGAUUGGGAGGGGGUUGGAUUCGGGUUGGAAAAUUUCUGUUUUAUUGUUGAAUGGGUGAAAAGCAAGAACGAAAUUCAAUUUUUUUCAUAAUUGUGCUCAUCAGUAUCUGGAUGAUGGUCCCUUGUAGUUUACUGCUUCUGUAAUUCAAGUUAUUGGUUUCUUUUUUUC